AAAAACAAAACAAUCCCUGGCCUCGUAAAACUUUUCUCUCCCCUCGCAAAAACCCUCGCUUUUCCCCCAAAACCUCUCCGCCUCCUCUCACUCCUACGCUCUUUCUCUCUCUCUCCCUCUUGCCGUCCCUUUGAUGCCCUUUCUCUCUCCUCGCUCCCUCACGGCUAGGGAUAGGGUUUUCUGCUGGUCUCUUUCGCCAAAUCCCCAAUUUUUCGUUAUCGAUAGAGAUGGUCGCCGGAUCGAACCAAGUAAUCUCGGUUAGGGUUCGAAAGAUCAUUCAAUCGAUUAAGGAGAUCGUUGGGAAUCAUUCGGACGCUGAUAUUUAUGCUGUUCUUAAGGAAUCUAACAUGGAUCCUAACGAGACGGCACAGAAAUUGCUUAAUCAGGAUCCAUUUCACGAGGUUAGAAGGAAAAGGGACAAGAAAAAGGAGCUUACAGGACACAGGGGUUUGGAGGAUAAUAGGAGACAUGUAGACCAUAACGUACAACCCGGAAGACAUGUGGAACACCAUGUGCCGCCUGAGAGACAUGUGGAACACCAUGUACCUCCCGGGAGACAUGUGGAACACCAUGUACAACCCUGGAGACAUGUGGAACGCCAUGUACAACCAGGGGGACAGGUGGAGCACCAUGUACAACCAGGGAGACAGGUGGAGCACCAUCUACAACGAGGAAGACAUAUGGAACACCAUGUGGUGCAACCAGGUAGACAUGUGGAACGCAAUGCACCACCAGAGAAGUCUCACACAGGGUGGGAUCGAAAUGCCCGAAGAGGUGGUUAUAUUCGAAAUUCACUGCCUGAUGCAGGAAUUCAUCGAGAAUUUCGAAUUGUGAGGGACAACAGAGUGAAACAAAACGUCAGUAGAGAUGUUAAGCCUGAAUCAGUUCAGCAUCUAGCUUCUGGGGAGGGAGAAGUUAAAAUUGAUACUCCCGAAAAGAGCGUGGAUGGAAGUCUUGAUAAAAAACACUUGACUUUCAACAGGUCAGAGGGUUCACGGCUACCGCCACGUGCAAAUAGACCGCGCGAUUCUCUGUCUGAUGGUUCUGGUCAUAAGGAAGAUGUGGUCCAGGGUGGCAGUCUUAGACCGCCGCCAGUUGAAAAGACCUUGCCGGCGGCUACAGUGACAAACUUGCAGGCAAGAGAAGUUAGGGAUAACUCUAAAGUGCAUUCUACUUCGACAUCUUCCAGCUCUGUCAUCGGGGUUUACUCCUCAUCCUCAGACCCAGUUCAUGUUCCCUCUCCUGCUUCUCGAUCAGCUGGAACUGUUGGGGCUAUUAGGCGUGAAGUUGGGGUAGUUGGUCUCCGGAAGCAAUCUUCAAAUCAUGCUGCUAAUUUGGCUGUUUCAAAUUCCUUCUCAGUUCCUUUAUUGGCCAAGGAUGUUUCAUCCUUGCCAGAAUCACCCAGACAAUCUGUUGUCACAUCUAAAAGUAGUCAACUUAACCAAGCAGCUUCAGAUCGUGCAAUGCCUAACCCUGCUAAUAGAUCACCUUUAGGCAAUCAACAUAGUAGCAAAAUGCACCAGCAACCCACAGGUCAUCAGAAAGCAAUGCAGUCGACAAUGGAGUGGAAGCCAAAAUCAAGUCAGAAGGCUGCAAUUAUCAGUACUAAUACGAGCGGAACCACUUCAGCACCCACACUUCAUACUGACAAUUCCAGCAACUCGAAACCAGUUGAUGUAGCUAAUUUUCCAGAGGUAAUCAUACCUGAGCAUCUUCGAGUCCCAGAUUCUGAGCGUACACAGUUGACAUUUGGAAGUUUCGGAGCUGGCUUUGACUCUACGAAGAUUUCUUCAUCUGUUUCUCAUGCAUUUGAAAGUGUGGAGCAGCUGAUUGACGGGCAUUCUACUAGGUUGUUUCCUAUUCUUCCUAAACCCCAAGUCUGUGUGCGUAACACAAUGGGUAAUUCCAAUGAGUGUAGAUCUGCUUCAGUUCCAGUGGGAUCAAUUGGUAAUGCUUCUGGUGAAGAUCAAGUGAGUGACUACCAAGCUACUUCUCGGUCCGACUCUCCAGCAUCAGCUGCAGAGUCAGAGCAGGCACCACCUGGGAAUGAGUCAUUAGAUCAUCAAAAUAUUGAUAAUUAUGCAGAUAUUGGACUGGUUCAAGGUCAUAGCCCAUCCUAUACUUCCUCACAUUCACAUCACCUACAGACUUCUACAAGCCUCCCAAGCUUUUCUGAAUAUGACCCCCAGAAAAGCUAUGAUCGUCUUCCAUUUUUGAGAACUGUGAUGGAAGAUCAUUCUGACGGCCAAGGAAUAGCUUCAUCGACAGAGGCUAUAAGCUCACAUGCAACCAACAGCAGUCCUCCAUCCACUGUUACUUUCUCCCAGCAGCAGCAAUCUCAACAACACCAGCAACAACAGCAGGCUCUGGCUAAUAUGUACUCUCAAGUUCACAUUUCCCACUUUCCGAACUUUAUGCCUUACCGGCAUAUGUUUUCUCCUGUCUAUGUCCCACCAAUGGCCAUGCCAAACUAUUCUAGCAACCCGGCUUACCCCCAUCCUUCAAAUGCCAGCAGCUACCUUCUGAUGCCUGGAGGAAACUCCCAUUUAACUGGUGGUGGUAUGAAAUAUGCGGCCUCACAGUUUAAACCAGUUCCAGCAGGUAGUCCCACUACCUAUGGAAGCUAUGCCAAUCCAACUGGGUUUGCUAUCACUCCUCCUGGUAAUGUUGGAGGUGCAACUGGCCUUGAAGAUGCAACAAGGAUCAAAUACAAAGACAACAAUCUCUAUGUACCAAAUCCUCAGGCAGAAACAUCUGACAUCUGGAUCCAACCACCUCGAGAGCUUCCAACCAUGCAAUCGGCUCCUUACUACAACUUACCCGCCCAACCCCCACAUCCUGCUGCCGCACCUGCCUUUGUCCCAACCAGUGCCUGCUGCUGCUGCCCUCAGUCGACGCAUGUGCAGUACCCGGGCCUCUACCAUCCUCCGGCUUCUCCAGCCCCCAUUGCCGGGCCCCACCACUUGGUCCAUCAGUCGGGACUCGGAGGCAGUAUCAGUGGAGUUGGAGUGGCUGGUGGUGCUGCUGCUCCUGGGCCUCAGGUUGGGGCUUAUCAGCAGACCCAGCUUGGGCAUCUUAAUUGGCCUGCUAAUUUUUAGUAAGGGAAAUGAUGGGAGUAAAUGUCUUGUUUGUGAUGGAAGUAGCAUUAGAUAUUUUAGUAGAUAGGUGUUCUCUAAGCUUUUAUGUAAUGAAAUUUGUAUACUUCAUUUUUCUUGCUAAUGGAAGUUAAUGUCUUCUAUUGCUGUUA